AUUGAGGCACUAAUCGCAUCUUCUUUCCCGCAAGCAUUGCUAUCGGUCUCUGGCAGGGUUCUCUGCAAUCGACUCUUUGCGUCCAGCUUCGUCAUUCCCAGACAAGAAGAAUAACACAUCCGAGUUUGGAGUGCCCCGCAAACGGCAGCUUUCGGAUCGCCACUUGCAGCUUGUAUCGAUAUUCAGAUCGUUCUGCGCAUCGUCGAUUCUUGGACUCGCAUCACCACACCACAUAGCCCCGAAUCCUAAUUAACCGUCAAGAUGGUUACUCUUACCGAGGUCGAGGAUGAGCACUUCCAGCACGCCAACGUUGCUGAGAUGGAGGAUGACGACUUUACGGAUACCGAAUCCGAAAUCUCCAACGAGUCCGACUUCGACCCUUCAGAAGAGACGCUCGCCGAGCGGCUAUACGCUCUCCGCGACAUCAUCCCGCCCACCACCCGAGGCUGGGUGUCGAGCCGUGUCAACGCCGUCACCAGCGCCGCCUGGAGCGUGCUGUCGUUUGGCGGCAAGGGCGCCUGGGUCAUCACCACCUCGGCGCUCUUCCUCGGCGUGCCGUUUGCGCUGUCGUUUGCCGAGGACCAGCAGCUGACUGCCAUGGAGCAGGAGUAUAACAUGCGCCAGACGGGCAGCGAGCUGUUGACGGCGGGUGCGGAGCAGAGCACGGCGGACCAGGUCGGAGCGGCUCUGGGCCCUGAGACCAAGGCGGCGCUGUGAAGGCAGACCGAAUAAGAAAAAAAAAGAAGAAUCGGAUAAAAAAUGAAGACAGAAAAGAAAAACAACACUGACUUUGGGCGCCAAAUGGUAGCAAAAGCAGGGUGCUUGGAACUUGGGAAACGAUUUGGUUCUAAUGUAAUGACUGGCUUACUAUUACAAUGACGGGAAAUGGUGAUGUAUGUGGUUGAGGACCUGAGCAUGCGAGAUCAAGCAUGGUCCCCUCCAUUCGUGUACAAUAACCUUUUUUUGAAAGGGGGGAGAGGCAUAUCAUUGCCUGGCCUUUUGAAGAACUGCUGGCUGGCUGUAUGUUACUGGGCGGACCUGGAGGAUUUUACAAACUUUGGGAGGAAACAAUAAAAGAGGGCUAUGGGAGGGGAGUUUUUAUGUGCGAAGUAGGUUUGAUGCCCCCAUCUCAUCUCCGGACGUGGUGUAUCUACAUCACUCAGCAUUUAUUAUAUAUAUUUUUUUGCCGUUGGGU